CUGGGUAUUUAAACCGAAUCCCCGAGAAAGGGAACAGAACUUUGCGCAUCUCAGUGCCAGAUCUAUCAGCGCACAGGACCAUGGACAGCUCUAGACUGUGGACAAUAGCUGUGGUUUGCGCCGUGUUGCUCUCCGUUGUUGGUGGUGCUGAAACGGACGAAUCGGACUUGGAAUUGGACUUAGAGACACGAGCCUUGACGGACUUCUACCCCAAAGAUCCGAACCUGACCAGCGAAAAGCAGCUCCUUGGGGCUCUCCAAGAAGUUCUGGAAAAACUGCAGAGUAAAAGAAUCUCGCCAUGGGAAAAGAAAUUUGGUCAAGUUCCCACGUGCGACGUAGGGGAGCAAUGUGCCGUAAGAAAAGGAGCUCGAAUCGGCAAGAUGUGCGACUGCCCACGGGGGGCGUUUUGCAACUUUUUCCUUCUUAAAUGCUUGUGAAGAAUACGAGGUUGGAAUGUACUUUAAGGUGCGGGGUGAGGUACAAUAGAUAAGACAUACAUCAAAAGUAACAUAUAUGAAAUCUAUUAUUUCUAUAAUUUUUUAGGACACAAGAACAUAAAAAGUCAUGAAAAAGAUUUGAUAAGGAAAGCCUGUCUGAAUCUUGGAAGCAUCAGAACGUUUAUGGAAAUAUUUUACUGCCACCUGUAUGUUAAUGUAAGUAAACUUUAGGCAUAUUAAAAUAUGUUAUAUCUUGUUUUGUAAAGCAGUCUGUGUGGUCACUGAAUUCACUGUUUUGGGUAAAAUUCAGCUUGUCCAGAUCAAAUUUUUAUCAUGAACUGAUAGUUCAGCAGGUUGACUCACAAUUAGAGAUUUAAACACAAUAUUUACCUAAAUGUGAAUGGCACACACACAUUUGGAUGUAUUUAAACACAGAGGCACA